GCGCUGGAAGUCAGCUCGGUCCGGAGUGUGUCGGUAAUUAAGCCUGCGCCUCGAGUGAUCUGAUUUCUCUCCCUGAUCAAACUUUCAGCGACUGAGCCUUUUGAUCGUUCAAUGUGAUUUUGCUUUUUGUUUUGUUUUGUUUUUUCCAAGCUUUCUUUUCCACGCCUCGCACAGGGUCGGCAGGUGUGAACGAUCGCAGACCCCUCUCUGUGUCGUCGGAGGGAAUCGUCGUUUCGGAGUUAAAGUUUUUUCUUUACCUCGUUCGAUUUUUCUCCUUUUUUUGUAAGCUGUCGGAUGCAUUCGUGUAGAUAUAUUUCUAGUGGUUGGCGCGGGUGUAACACGCUGCCGUAGUGUGUUGUAUUCUGGCUGUGGAUUUCUGCUGUAGCAGGUGAUGUGUCGGGAAUUCAAUAGAUGGAUAAUAAUGGACCCCGAGAAGGUAAUGCUGCCACUUCCCACAUUACCGACCACCACUUCAAGGAACAGAUCGAGGAGAAAUCUUGCUGGCCUGUGACCUUGUGUCGACCAGGCUUGCUCUGUUUGUGGCGCGAAAAGUCCUAACCUGUCUCAGGGAGUGACGAUAACUCAGGGGUUCUGGAUUACAUCUUGGGCAACCCCCAACUUUUAAAACUUAAGUUUUGAUUCCUGAAAUGGUUUAUGUCUCUUCAUUAUUUUACUACAGGUAUGGGCCUUAAUUCAGAAGUUUAGCCUCUUCAAGAACAUAAUAUAUUGUGUUUAAAAGGGGAGUAAACUUCUGGACGUCGAAUUCUAUUUUAGUCGUGCUUCACUGAUAGACAAGAGUUGUGUCCAGCUGGUGCUACGUCGUACUGGUCUAACGGCCAGCUAUCAUGGUCACUGUUCUGACUCCCUUGAGCAAUAGGCACGCAGAACGACCAGUAGACGCAUCAGUGGACUCCAACUGUGACUCUUACAAGUGUCGCGGACAGAUCCUUAAUCGACCCCGCCCUUCAGACAACAAGCAACAUUUGACCCUUUUGAUUAGGUCAGAUCACCCCAAAGGUGUUUUGAUUUCUUCUUCUACUACAGCAACACUAUCAUCAUCAUCCUCAGUAGCAGCAGUAGGGUCAGAAACUGCUAGUACUAUCCCAGUCUCAGCGCAUUCUACAAAACUUGACAGCAAAGUUCGGAAUUUCACCAGGCCUCCUCUCUGUUCUAGCUCUGCAUCUGACGUCAUCCCUCGGAUUAUUUUGUCGGAUCUUUCUUCACUUACGUCAUCAACAACGUCGAAAAAACAUUGACCACGACAUGGUUGAGCCAACCACCCUGGCUGCAGCGUGAUUUUGGCGGCGAUCCAACCCAAUCGCGGUCCCCUUUUGGUCAAAAAGCAAACAACGACAAAGCGGAAUAAAACGUGAGAGGUGGAGUUAGUGAUAUUGGAGUCUACUCUAUUCCUCAUGUUGGUGCGUCCUCCAAAUGCACUUGUGUUCCACUUCGGAUCGAAUGCAUCGUCAGUUUGAUUCCAUUCCAUUCGUCCUAUUUUGCUGACGAGUCGAGUCAGGAGCAAUCUGCCAUGAGGACACCACUGAUUGCCUUCCUACUCUUACUCGCAGACGUUAUAGAAGGUCUGACUCACAACAUCCAGUUGUCAGAGGAGGACAAGCUCAUCAAGACGUUGCUGGCUCGAUACCGGCGCAGGGGCAAGUACGGCCGGCCAGUAUCGCACUACAACGAGACAAUUACGAUAAAUUACAACAUGCAACUUAUACAGAUUCUCGAUCUGGACGAGCGGAAUCAAGUUCUAACUCUCAACGUCUGGGAUCGAUAUAUCUGGCAAGACAUGCACAUGAAAUGGUCACCAAAGGAACACGGCGGUGUCAAGAAAAUCCGGGUACCGCCCAGUAAAAUCUGGAUCCCGGAUAUAAAACUGUACAACUAUGCGGACACCCGUCUGGCAGAGAAACGAGACGCCCUGUGUGUGAUAAGCCAUACAGGUCAAGUGCUAUGGAUGCCUCAAGCUAUCUACAAGAGCUCAUGUGUGAUCGACGUGGUGACAUUCCCGUUCGAUGUCCAGGAGUGCAAGCUCAAGUUCGGCUCCUGGACCUACGACGGCAACUUGGUGGAUCUCAAGAUUCUCAUAAACGACACAGGCCAUGACGAGGGCGAGAUAGACAUAGGAGAGUACGUCAAGAGCAACUCAUGGGAGAUACUUGGGCACCCGGCCAAACGGAACGUUGAGCUGUACACCUGCUGUCCCAACCAACCGUUCAUCGAUCUGUCUUUCACCAUCAUCUUCCAGAGGCGAGCCACCUUCUACAACUACAUCCUCAUCCUGCCCUGUGUGCUGCUCACCUCGCUCACCCUCGUGCUCUUCUGGAUACCGCCCGAGUCGCCAGCCAAACUCAUGCUGGGUAUCAACAUCUUUGUGGCGUUUUUCCUGUUGUUGUUACUGAUGGAAGCCAACUUGCCUCCGUCAGCCGCCAAAGUGCCUCUUUUAGGGACUUACUAUUGCUUAAAUAUGGUCCUCAUUACGCUGUCAUCAUUUCUGAAUGCCUUUGUCGUGAAUCUUUCCUUCUUCGGAGCCCGGAGACCCCUGCCACACUGCAUGAGGAUGGUCAUGUUCGAGUUCUUCGCGAAGAUUCUCUGCAUGGACAGCCUGGUGCGUCCAUUUCGUGACAAGACCAUCUCGGAGUUGACGUCACGCCUGUGCGCUGACCGCAUGCCAUUCCUGGGGAUGAACCUGAAUGGCGACAACAGCAGCAAGUGGAACAAGAGCGACGGCCGCUCCUCCUCGGCCGAGGGACUGCUCACCGCACAGGGAGAGCCCGACCAGCAUUUCGCCCAGCUCAACCUGAUCAACUACCAGCUGGGGGAGCUGAUGGAGUUCAUCAAGUCUUAUAAAGGACGUAUCACCGAAAAAGACAGGAAAGAUCGGGUGGCACGCGAGUGGAAAGCGGUCAGUUUGAUCUUCGACCGCAUCUUCUUCCUUAUAUACCUGACCACUAUCAUCACGUCGCUGUGUGUUGUGCUGCCCAUCAUCACCGAGCCAGAAAUUCCCGGGCUGGGCAAGUCAUGAUACCGGCCCCCCGCCCCUCCACGCUUAAUGCUCGCACGCACUUUGCGCUCUCGCAUUACAUACACACCUGAGGCAAUGGUUCUCCUAGCCUCUGCUUUGCUUAUUUACGCAUCGCUAUCAUCCGGGGUCUUAGAAAUAGUGGCUGAGCCGACUCGUACGCUCUACAAAACCUGGCGACUUUGAAGUACGGAAAUGUGCUGCAGUGAGUCUGUGUACGUUUGGCGUAAGUUCAACUCACUCGUUAUUACUGCGUCCUCUGGUGGCCGGCGGUCAUUCCCACAAAUCACCAAGGCUAUAUUAUCAUCCUUGCUACUGUUUAAAUGUGAUUCGUUGUGUCGUCAUUGUUGUCUGUGAUAUGUCACGUACGUGGUGAUUACACGUGCUGGUGUGGAAGCCUAUUAAGAUAUUUUGUGCAUGUGCUUGUUUGCGCGUGUGAAGGUGAGAGAUAGAGAGAAGGACUCGAGGGAGAAGGAGAGGGCCGAAUUAAUUAACGUACAGUGCAGUCUGAGCAGACCUUACGAAA